GCGCAGUACCCGCAGUACCGCGCACAGCUCGCUCUCCGCACGCCUCACCGCACAGCUCGAGUGCCGGCGCUGCUCAUUGGCUGCCGUCGCGGAGCGAUGGCGUCACUUCCGGCCGACGCGGUGAAGUGGCAACACUUCCGGUUGAAAGCGGCGCGCGAGCGUCAUUUCCGGCCGACGCGGCGCAAGGGUGGGAGUGGGGGUGGAGUCACGGGAGCGGACUACGAGGCCGCAGGGCCGAGGAGCAGGGCCACGUCCGGCCCUUCCCGCCGCGCCGCCGCUCCCCUUCCCGCACGCCGCGCAGAGGCAGCGGCUGGGGGCGGGGAUCGCGGGAUCAUGGAUUUUCCGGGACACUUUGAGCAAAUCUUUCAGCAGCUCAACUACCAGAGACUUCAUGGCCAACUUUGUGACUGCGUCAUUGUGGUGGGAAACAGGCAUUUCAAAGCCCAUCGCUCUGUUUUAGCAGCAUGCAGUACACAUUUCCGAGCUCUCUUCACUGUAGCAGAAGGAGAUCAAACCAUGAAUAUGAUUCAGCUGGAUAGUGAAGUGGUGACAGCAGAAGCUUUUGCUGCCCUCAUAGACAUGAUGUACACUUCCACACUUAUGCUUGGAGAGAGCAAUGUUAUGGAUAUCUUGUUGGCUGCAUCUCACUUGCAUUUGAACUCUGUUGUUAAAGCAUGCAAACACUACCUUACUACCAGGACACUGCCGAUGUCUCCACCCAGUGAUAGGGUUCAAGAGCAAAAUGCACGCAUUCAAAGGUCGUUCAUGCUUCAGCAGCUCGGGCUGAGCAUUGUGAGCUCUGCGUUGAAUUCCACUCAGAGCUCAGAGGAACAACCAAGCACUAUGAGUUCCACGAUGAGAAGCAACAUAGAGCAGCGCUCUGCUUUUCCUAUUCGCCGUCUCCACAAGCGUAAACAGUCUUCUGAAGAUCGGGCCAGGCAGCGAAUGAGGCCUGCCAUAGAUGAGACUGUUUCUGACGUGGCUGCAGAGAGCGGGCAGUCAGUUGUUCAUUCACGGGAAGAUUUCUUUUCACCAGAUCCACUGAAGAUAGUGGACAACUCUAAGGCUGAUGCUGUCACUGAUAACCAGGAGGAUAAUAAUAUUAUGUUUGAUCAGUCUUUCAGUGCUCAGGAAGAUACUCAAGUGCCCAGCCAGUCUGACAACAGUGGAGGAAAUAUUUCACAGAUGUCCAUGGCAUCACAGGCAACGCAAGUGGAAACCAGCUUUGACCAGGAGGCUGCAUCUGAGAAAAACAACUUCCCGUGUGACAAUCCGGAGGUCAGCAUAAAUGAAAAAGAGCACAUGAGGGUGGUGGUUAAAUCUGAGCCCUUGAGUUCCCCGGAGCCUCAGGAUGAGGUGAGUGAUGUCACUUCCCAAGCAGAAGGCAGCGAGUCUGUUGAAGUGGAAGGAGGAGUUGUGAGUGCAGAGAAGAUAGAGCUGAGUCCUGAGAGCAGCGAUCGUAGCUUUUCUGAUCCGCAGUCUACUACAGAUAGGGUAGGAGAUAUCCAUAUUAUGGAGGUGUCAAAUAAUCUGGAACACAAGUCUACUUUCAGUAUCUCAAAUUUUCUGAAUAAAGGCAGAGGUGGCAGCUAUGGUGCUAGUCAAACUACUGAUGACAACAUUCCAAAUACAACGAGUGACUGUAGAAUGGACAGUGAUGCUUCUUUCCUGAUGGGUCCAGAGGCAGGGCCUGCUGGUGGUCAUUCAUCUGCCACAGUCUCUCAUGUUGAGAAUCCCUUCAGUGAGCCUGCAGAAUCCCAUUUUGUUAGACCAAUGCAGGAUGUGAUGGGUCUUCCCUGUGUACAGACUUCUGGGUACCGGGCUGCAGAACAGUUUGGUAUGGACUUUCCAAGGUCAGGCUUGGGCCUGCAUUCUCUGUCAAGGGCAAUGAUAGGCUCUGUAAGAGGGGGAGCCAGUAGCUUUCCUGGCUACCGCCGCAUAGCCCCCAAAAUGCCUGUUGUAACCUCUGUCAGGAGCUCCCAGCUGCAGGAUAACUCGCCUAGUUCCCAGCUGAUCAUCAAUGGGACCACUUCUUUUGAAAAUGGGCAUCCUUCACAACCUGGUCCUCCACAGUUGACGCGGGCAUCUGCAGAUGUUCUUUCAAAAUGCAAGAAAGCCUUAUCUGAGCACAAUGUCUUGGUUGUAGAAGGUGCACGCAAAUAUGCAUGUAAGAUCUGCUGCAAGACUUUUUUGACCUUAACAGACUGUAAGAAACACAUCCGUGUGCACACAGGAGAAAAGCCUUAUGCCUGCCUGAAGUGUGGCAAACGGUUCAGCCAGUCCAGCCACCUUUAUAAACAUUCCAAAACAACCUGCCUGAGGUGGCAGAGUAGCAACCUACCCAGCACUUUGCUUUAACUGCUUGCACCUCCCAGCCUGAAUGAGAGUGCCAGUACAAACUCUUAACUCCCUGAAGCACUGCAGGAGCAUUAACACUAUUUUGCUCAAGCUAAGAAGCUGCUUUCGUAGGUCUGUGAACAGUUGUGUGUGGUUGUGCCACACACUAAAGUCUUGAUUCUAUAAAUUGGGGAUAAUACCAUACCUACCUCACAGGGGUGUUGUGAGGAUUAGACAACUUUUAGCAAAUAACUUUGAGGUCCUCAGAAGUCUGUAGAUAUAUAAAACAUUAUUGUUAUGUACAUGCAGGCUUGGGGCUCAAUGGGGAUACGGUCCCUACAUCGAAUUUCCGUUGCAAAACAGAGGGGUGGAGGGAGUGAGAGUGUAAUUGUCUCACAGAAUCAUAGAAUGGCAUGAGUUGGAAGGGACCUUAAAGAUCAUCGAGUUCCAACCUCCUUGCCAUGGGCAGGGUUGCCACCCACUUGAUCAGGUUGCCCAGAGCCCCAUCCAACCUCCACAAAUGGGGCAUCCAGAACUUCUGUGGGCAGCCUGUUCCAGUGCCUCACUACCCUUGAUAGUGAAAAUUUUCUUCCUAAUAUUUAAUCUAAACCUACUCUCUUUUAGUGUAAAGCCAUUACUCCAUGUCCUACCAUUACACUCCCUGAAGAAAAGUCCCUUCCAAGGUUUCCUGCAGGGCUCUCUAGGUAUUAGAAGGCUGCAAUGAGAUCUCUCUGGAGCCUUCUCUUUUCUAGGCUGAACAAGCCCAGCUCUCAGCCUCUCUGUCAGAGAGGUUCUGCAGCCCUCUGGUACCUUCAUGGCCUUCUCUGGACCCACUCCACCUGCUCUUUGUCUUGUGCUGGGGGCCCCAGGCCUGAAUACAAUACUCUGGCUGGGGCCUCACAAAGGCAGAGCAGAGUGGGACAGUCCCACUGUUGCUGCAGCCCAGGAUACAGCUGUCCAUCUGGG